GAUAGUCGAAAAUUUGCUUGUAUCUACUCAACUCGUUUCACAUAAUAAACAAGUGAAAUAAACUGCCAAUUUGACAAGUGACACUUUUGAAACAAUGGUAAAAAAUUUAGACAAGCUCCUCUUGUUAAUAUGGAAGAACUGGUUGUUACAAUACCGAAAACCCGUCCAAACUAUAAUAGAAAUAUUAGCUCCCAUCCUGUUUUCAGUUCUCUUGGUUGUUAUUCGAAGUUUAGUAGAUCCAGAAACCAAGCCUCCACAAAUCUACACUCCCUACUGUUUAUUGCCAACUUUAUGCUCUGAAAAGAAUAUUACCACAGAUCGGAAACUCCUAGUAAAGUUUGCCAACACAUCGUUCAGAAAGUUCAUCCUAGUUUAUUCUCCUAAUUCGAAUAAAGCCUUAAAUCGAUCAAUGUCAAUUCUUCAAGAACUUUUGGGUGGUCUGAUCAUCGGUUACAACAAUUCCCAUCAACUCGAAGCCCAUUUCCUUGACUCUAGCACCAACAAAACAUUCGCAGCCAUCCAAUUUGACGAUGCCUUAGCAAAACAAGACACUUUAUCAAAUGACUUGGAAGUAUCGCUUAGGUUUCCAAGUGAACUUCGGUUUGGAACCAAAUUUCUCAGACAAACUAAUUGGCAAACAAAUCUCUUGUAUCCUUUAUAUCAAGUGCCAGGCCCGCGGGAUGCAAAAAAUAAUACAGGAGCGGUCCCUGAUUAUUUUAAAGAAGGAUUUUUGACUUUGCAACUGGUCAUAACAUACAUUUUGGCAAUCGCAGGUCAUUUUAAAGUGAAAACUUUAAAAGAUUUUCAAAUGAAAAUUAUCAGCCUUCUUCCGCCACUGGUAAAAAUGCAACGUUUUCCACAUGCGAGUUGGGUAGAAGACCCAUUACUGGAAGCUCUAAAAAGCUUUGUGGGAAUUAUUAUAAUGUUAAGUUUUGUUUACACUUGCAUAAACAUUGUUAAAAUGAUAACACUAGAAAAAGAAAAUCAGCUCAAAGAAACUAUGAAAAUAAUGGGUUUACCUAACUGGCUCCAUUGGAGUGCAUGGUUUAUCAAAGAAUUUAUUUUCCUUUUAAUUUCAAUAAUUAUGAUUUUAAUACUUUUAAAAAUCACCUGGUACCCGGGAAGUAAACAUAGUAUUUUCACAUACACGGAUCCUACAGUAAUGUUCGUGUUUUUAAUGCUGUAUAUUUGUGCUACUAUUACUUUCUGUUUCGCGAUAAGUGCAUUUUUUUCCAAAGCCAAUAUAGCUGCGGCAGUGGCUGGUCUUAUGUGGUUUCUGUCAUUUGUUCCAUUCAUGUUUUUGGUACGACAGUACGACCAACUCAAUCUUUCUGCUAAAUUGGCAUCAAGCAUUGCACUGAACACUGCAAUGGCUUACGGGUUCCAGUUAAUGAUAAUGUACGAAGGUACUAGCGAAGGAAUACAGUGGUCGAAUGUCGGAAGACCUAACACUACUGACGACAAUUUAACUCUUGCUCAUAUAAUGAUAAUGCUAAUAAUAGACUCUUUCAUCUACCUCUUUGUUGCAAUAUACAUCGAAGGCGUUUUUCCUGGAGAGUACGGUGUGCCACUUCCUUGGUACUUUCCUUUUACUUCUUCAUACUGGUGUGGCCAUCGCCGCCACUUGGGAGAUGUUGUCUUGUCCAGUGUUAUUACAGAGAACGCAUUUUUUGAAAAAGAACCCAAUCAUCUCAGUCCCGGUAUACACAUUCAAAACCUGACAAAAGUUUUUGGCCAAAAAGCAGCAGUUCAAAACCUCUCUAUCAACAUGUAUAACGAUCAAAUUACCGUCCUUCUUGGACACAAUGGUGCCGGAAAAACAACAACCAUGUCCAUGUUAACUGGAAUGUUUCCUCCAACAAGUGGUACCGCAUUCAUUUGUGGAUAUGACAUUAGAACGGAUAUGGACAAAGUUAGAAAAUGUCUGGGACUGUGUCCUCAACACAACAUCCUGUUCGAUCAGCUCACUGUCCGCGAACAUUUAUACUUUUUUAGCAAACUUAAAGGACUGAAACGUGAAGAUAUCAAUGAAGAAAUUGACAAAUACCUUGAACUGUUGGAACUGCAAACUAAAGCUAAUGCAAAAUCGGCUACAUUGUCAGGGGGAAUGAAGAGAAAGCUUUGUGUGGGUGUGGCUUUGUGUGGCAAUUCGAAGGUUGUCAUGCUUGAUGAACCCACUGCCGGAAUGGAUCCAUCAGCAAGACGAGCUUUGUGGGAUUUGCUUCAGAAUCAAAAACACGGAAGGACGAUACUUUUAACAACACAUUUUAUGGACGAAGCUGAUUUAUUAGGUGAUAGAAUUGCGAUUAUGGCCGGGGGUGAGUUACAAUGUUGCGGCUCAAGUUUCUUUCUAAAGAAGAAAUACGGUACUGGAUAUUAUCUAAUCAUGAACAAAGCCCCAAAUUGUCAAGAAGAACAAGUAACGCGAUUCUUGCAAAAAUAUAUCCCUAAUAUCCUGGUGCAUGGUAAUCUUGGAUCAGAACUUACUUAUCUACUAGCCGAAGAACACUCGUCGGUUUUUGAAGUCAUGUUAAGAGAUUUAGAAGAAAAUAGUAAAAUUUUAGGCGUCCGCAGUUACGGUAUUUCUCUAACAACUUUAGAGGAAGUUUUUAUGAAAGUUCGUUCUUAUCGUGACCAAGAAGCACAACACUUUGUGAACACCAAGUUAAAAUUAAACAAAAACUAUAACAAUGAGAAUAAGAUAAAUGAAACAUCAAGUCCUCAAAAUACUCUAACCGGUUUCAAGUUAAUGACAAAUCAGUUUUUGGCAAUGCUUAUGAAAAAAAAUCUAUCACUAAAACGAACAUGGAUUUUGCUGUUUAUUCAGAUAUUGAUCCCUGUUGUGAUUCUCACAAUGGCAAUUCUUACGGGAAAGUACUCUAAUAAAUCGCGUAAUUUGCCAAAACUGCUCAUAACAUUGGACUCCUACCGCAACCCAGUAACGUUAUUUGAAGAUAAAGCGAAUAAUUCGAUUUCAGCCUUGUAUGUAAAAACACUUAAAGGAUACAAUGUGAAAAAUGUGAAAAAUAUUACUGAAACAAUGCUUUCUUUGACAAAAACUGUUCCGUCAACGGUUAGACUGAGGUACAUCGUUGGUGCUAGUUUUGACAAACCAUUGGGCUCGUUUUUGACCACUAUUACAGCAUGGUUUAACAACAGGCCCUACCAUUCUCCACCUCUAGCCUUGGGUCUUGUCUUAAACGUAGUUUAUAAGCAUUUAGCCGGCCAAAAUCGCUCAAUAAAAUGGGCAAAUCAUCCACUCCCAUUUACGGCUGAUUCAAAAAUGGCACAGUUAUCGAAAGGUCAGAGUAUGGGUUUCCAAGUAGCUUUUAAUAUCACAUUUGGAAUGGCUUUCGUAUCCGGAUUUUAUGUCUUGUUCUGCGUCAAAGAACGCAUUUGCAAAGCAAAACAUUUGCAAUUCAUGGCUGGCGUAAAUGUUUAUAUAUUCUGGUUGACUUGCUUCAUUUGCGAUCUUCUGACGUUUGUUAUUACCAUAAUAGCAGUCAUUGCAACAUUGGCAUAUUUCCAAGAAGACGGUUUCCGGUCGACAGAAGACUUAGCUCGAAUGUUUCUCAUUUUGUUCUUUUUUGGUUUUGCUAUGUUACCAAUGAUGUAUCUUGCGUCACUCCUCUUCAAUGUUCCAUCAACAGGUUACACCAGAAUGACGCUCUUCUGUAUUUUCACUGGUUCUGUUGCUUUUCUGGUUGUUCAGAUUUUGAAAAAUCGUGAAUUACAUUUGGAAUAUGUUGCUGACACUCUGCAUUGGAUUUUCUUAAUAUUCCCCCACUACGCAUUGGCGACCAGUAUUAGAGACAUUUACACCACAUUUUCCACCCACAAGAUGUGUAAAUACGCUGUCAAAACAUGUGUUGAAUAUAGACCAAAUAUGAAUGAAGACAAAUGUUGGAGUCUGGUUUGUCACAAUACAAGUGCGGUGUUACAACGUCAUUGUUGUGUUCGCGAACCAACUUAUUACACAUGGUCCAGUCCAGGGAUAAACCGAAAUCUGCUCUACUCACUUUUAGUUGGAUUAAUUUUACUUUUAAUCCUUCAUACGAUAGAAUAUAAAACAUUUUCCAAAAUUAAAGACUACAUUUGUGGAAAUUACACAAAAAAGCUUCCCCAGCAAGUUGAAGAAGAAGACAGUGACGUUGAGGAAGAAAAUUCAAAAAUUCGUAGCACAUCUGAAUCACAGUUACAAGAAGAUUACACGUUGGUGGUCAAAGAUUUGACAAAGUAUUAUAAAAAAAUACUAGCAGUUAACGGAUUGUGUUUGGGUGUUAAAAAAAGUGAAUGCUUUGGUUUGUUGGGCGUAAAUGGUGCUGGAAAAACCUCCACCUUUAAAAUGAUUACCGGUGAUACAAGAAUUACGUACGGCGAAGCAUGGGUAAAAAAUUUUAGCAUCAAGAAUCAAACCAAGCAAGUCCAGAAGUUGAUUGGAUAUUGCCCUCAAUUUGACGCGCUACUUGACAACUUAACAGCCAAAGAAUCUUUGAUAAUGUUUGGUCUUUUGAGGGGAAUUCCCAGGAAGAAUUGCCAAUCCCUGGCCAAAAAAUUGUCGGAAGAUUUUGAUUUCCAACCGCAUAUAAAUAAAAAAGUUAAAGAACUUAGUGGUGGUAACAAAAGAAAGCUGAGUACUGCUAUUUCGUUGAUUGCCGAUCCUCCAAUUAUAUGUCUAGACGAACCUACCACAGGAAUGGAUCCUGUGACAAAGCGGUAUCUAUGGGACGCCAUUUGCAAAUUUAGAGAUAACGGAAAAUGUGUAAUCCUAACUUCGCACACUAUGGAAGAAUGCGAAGCUUUGUGCACCAGACUAGCCAUAAUGGUUAAUGGCAGUUUCAAGUGUCUGGGAUCUGUUCAACAUCUGAAAAGUAAAUUUGCUCAAAGAUAUACGUUAACUAUUAAAGUUAGUAGGAGUUCAAGUGGGGAUGAUAUUGAUUUAAAACCGAUUGAAAACUUUGUAAUGAGCAAUUUUCCCAGUGCAAUACAAAGCGAAAAGCACCAAGAAAUUUUAACUUAUCAGAUAUCAGACAAAAGUAUCCCUCUGUCAAAAAUGUUUGGAAUUUUAGAAAAGGGUAAAAAGAAGUUAAAUAUUGAAGACUAUUCCUUGGGCCAGACAAGUCUAGAACAGGUGUUUUUAUCAUUCACAAAACUGCAACGUUAAACUAAUUAGUUUAAACUAAAACCAUUAAGUUCUUCAUAGUUUCGGUAAAUGAUUUUGAUUUUUUCG